AUGGAUUCAGUGUUAGAAAGUGCUCGUUUUAUUAGCGAAAAUAGUAAAGAUGUUAGUAUUCCAGAUGAUGGAAUUCAAAAAGCUGCAAAUAUUAUAUAUGAAAAUAUGAAAAAAACAAAAUAUUCAAUUUCUUCUUGGAAAAAAAAUGAACUUCAUCCCAGUAUUGCAGAUAACAAAGCCAUAGAUUGGAUUUUUAUGGUAGAUCUUUUAAACUUUUCAUUUUGGUCAGAACUUGAUAAAGAAAUUCAAAGUAGCCCAAGUAGUGAAAGAUUUUCUAUUGAAUAUAACAAUAAUAGAUAUACUGGCUAUUGGUCUUUAUGUGCUGCAAUAAAUCGAGCUUUGGAGGACGAGAUUCCAAUAACAACUCCAUCAUUUUACAUGUCUGAGAAAAAGUUAACAGAUAAUGGUAUUCGGCACAUAUUUCGUUCAGCCACAAAAGAAGAGAUGCCUUUGCUCGAUGAACGUAUUCAUAGUAUUCGCGAAGCUGGCAAAGUUUUAGUUGAGAAAUUUGGUGGUAGUUUUGUCAAUUGUAUUACACGAGCCAAUAAAUCUGCAGCGAAUUUAUUAAAAAUCAUUACAGAAAACUUCAAUUCUUUUUGUGAUGAAAGCAAUUUUCAAGGGCGUAAAGGGCUUGCUUUGAAGGAAAGGAACUUGGAGAAUUCCAUGAUAUUGAUAAAAUUACAAUGUGCAUUAUCUUAUUCGCCAAGUCUUCUUAAUCUCCUUGAAUCAUUCACACUAAUUCCUCAUGAUUCUCGUCCUGAAAUUGAAAUUAGAGAUAAUGAUGGCGAUAACGGUAAUAGUAGUAAUAGUUCUUCUUCCUCAGGUGGUAUAAAUGCAAUUAUUUUGGAUUACUUUAUAUGGGAUUUUGCUAGUCAAAAUAAACAUAAACUAAGUGUAGAGUUAACAAAGAAGUGA